AUAGAUGAGCCAGAUAUAUAGCCAAGACCUGCGGGUUGCAGAGGAACUGUGAGAAAGAGAUAAUCGCACUUGCUCACCCACGGGUUACCUGUGACACCCUCGCAAUGACAAGAGGGCCCAGUGAAAGGGGGCCAAGUAAAGGGAGUUCGGAUGAUACCCUAUAGCCGGCAAACUUGUAAGAGUUCCCGAGCUGCGCUAGUUUUUGAUGCUUUUCGUCAUUUUGGAGUUCCGCUGGAGUUACCUGGGCUGCGAUCGAUCGGAGAAUAAGCGUCGCUCAUAAGUUACUCAUCAGCUCCACAGAUCGUUGCAUGAAACUGAGAGCGGGGCCGCAAUGAGUCGGAGAACACGACGCUGGAUUUUAAGAGUUUUACUUUGUCUGGGAAUUGUUUAUUUGAAAAUUGGUGGCUUCUCGUCGGUGGUGGCCCUAGGUGCGAGCAUAAUCUGUAACAAGAUCCCCGGUUUGGCCCCCAGACAACGGAUUAUCUGUCAGAGUCGCCCCGAUGCCAUUAUCGUCAUCGGAGAGGGAGCCCAAAUGGGCAUCAACGAGUGUCAGUUUCAGUUCAAAAACGGGCGCUGGAACUGCUCUGCGCUUGGAGAGAGGACAGUCUUCGGAAAAGAGUUGAAAGUGGGUAGCAAAGAGGCUGCGUUCACCUACGCCAUCAUUGCAGCAGGGGUGGCCCAUGCCAUUACCGCCGCCUGUACACAGGGUAACCUGAGUGACUGUAGCUGUGACAAGGAGAAGCAGGGUUUCUACAGUAAAGACCAAGGCUGGAAGUGGGGAGGCUGCUCGGCAGACAUCAGCUACGGCCUGGGCUUCUCAAAAGUAUUUAUCGAUGCCCGGGAGGUCAAGCAGAAUGCGAGGACACUCAUGAACCUCCAUAAUAAUGAGGUGGGACGCAAGAUCCUGGAGAAGAACAUGCGACUGGAAUGCAAGUGUCAUGGUGUCUCAGGCUCCUGCACCACCAAAACCUGCUGGACUACACUUCCCAAGUUCCGCGAGCUUGGCUACAUUCUCAAGGAGAAGUAUGCCCAUGCGGUGCACGUGGAACCGGUGAAAGCCAGCCGCAACAAGCGUCCUAAAUUCCUCAAGAUCAAGAAGCCUUACUCUUACCGUAAGCCCAUGGAUACAGACCUGGUGUACAUAGACAAGUCACCUAACUACUGCGAGGCGGACCCUGUGACCGGGAGCUUGGGGACGCAGGGCAGGGUGUGUAACAAGACUAUGAUGCAACACAUCAGCGGCUGUGACCUGAUGUGCUGCGGUCGGGGAUACAACACACACCAGUACUCCCGCGUCUGGCAGUGCAACUGCAAGUUCCUGUGGUGCUGCUACGUUAAGUGCAACACCUGCAGUGAGAGGACAGAGGUGUACACAUGCAAAUGAGAAUAUUUAUUGGAUGGUGUGUGUGAGUGUGUGUGUGUGUGUGUGUGUGUGUGUGUGUGUGUGUGUGUGUGUGUGUGUGUGUGUGUGUGUCAUGAUGAUGUUGAUGCAUGGGAGCAUGUGUGUUCAUAUCUUUGUGUUGUUAUGGACAAACUGGAACUGUCAAACUUAACAAGAAGGCUGACACUGCAGUCUUUUCAUACAUAAUGAGGAACUACUGUACUGUGUACGAAUACAGUAAGCGGAAGAUGGGGCGUCACGAUUCUUUUGCACACAAAGCUCUUCACUCUUCUUCAUGGAUUUCUGUGUUUGUUGGGGUGCAGUGCGGAGACAGUGUGACAAAACUGUACCGUGGCAUAUGGGACUGGAUGACCGCAGUGUGCGUCACCAAGGCAAAAUGUCAAGACUUUAAGCUAUACAUGUGGACAUUUUACUGACAUCUUGACUGUUUGGACUUUGCUAAUGCAGAUGAAUUAUGGUGGAUGUGAUUGCUGGGCAGAACACACUGCUGUAGUCCUCACUCCCUGUGCGCAGAUGAAAUGACACAACCAUUUGGAAUAUUUAACAUACUGUAUUUAGAGAAUGAAAAUAAUUAAUAUUAAUUUAUUCUAUAAAGAAAACUACUGAUUUUGUCCAUUUUGGAUCAAAAGUAACUAAAUGUUGGGAGGUUUUAGUUUAUUAAAGCAACCAAAACUUGUCCAUGGUUAACACACUGGAUUUGAAUCUGCCUGGAAUAAUGUGUCGUCUUGUAGAAUAAUGUUGUUCCAGAUGAAACUGCUGUAGGCUACUCACACUGACCUUCUGACCUUCUCAUGAGUUUGUCUGCCCCCUGUUUGCUGCUAGUCUAGAGAAUCCCACUUGUUGAGGUAGAAGGCUGUACGCUCUACUGACUGUCUUCAAUGGCAUUGCUCACUUCAAGCUCAUUUAGCUUAACUUGACUUAUUCACUGAUCAAAAACAUGGGCACAUUUUCCACUUUUGGUAAAUAUUGGUUAAUAGAGUAUAUUUUGUAAAAGCCUAUUUUUAUAUGAAUGUCUUAUUUAUAUGUUUUGCAUAUUCAAUGUCAAGUUCUGACCCUGACACCCUGUUUUGAAACCCUUGUGAAAAAAUUAUCUGAUAUAUGUAAGUUGGCCCCUGCUGUCACUGCCAUAGUUGUAUAUUGUAAGUGAUAGAAACUGUUCAUGUGUCAUGUGUUCAAACGUCUGUGUUUACUGCAUUUCAUGACUACUACUGAUGGAAUACAGGAACAGAAUAACACUAGGAAGACAUGA